GCAACACCAACACUCGCACUCUUGCACGUGCUAUGGAAUUUUAGACGUACAAUUGUAUGUGUGCGUGCCACUUUUCCUCCGCAAUGUGUGUGUAGUGCGCAAAGUAGUUAGCUGUCAAUUUUUCGAAUAGAUCGAAAAACUAGUGCAAUUUUACAAAUAAAAAUGAAAUCACUUUCUUGUGAGGCUUAAGUUAUGUAUGCUCAUAAGAAGUCACAUGAGAAUAGAUUAUCUUGUUAUUUAACAAGUAGUAAAAGUACUUACUCUUACAAAUCACACCAUGGUGCAGUGUCAUCCGCCGUUGGAGCUAGAAGAAUUGCCAAAAGAAGACGAAGAAAGAUUAGAAACUCUAUUUUCUAAAUUAGACACCGAUGGAAAUGGCAAGAUCGACAUCCACGAUCUAUCCGUGGCCUUAAAGGAGCUGGCUCCACACAUAAAUCGCAGCUAUGCAGAGAAAUUCCUGGCGAAGUCCGGCGGGAAGGACGCCGGGGACAUCACCCUGUCCGAGUUCAUCCACUACGUGCGCGAACACGAGAAGAACCUGCGCUUGCAAUUCUCUCAUCUCGAUAAAAAUAAAGAUGGAAAAGUUGAUCUGGAAGAACUUAUAUCCGCCUUUGCCGACUUGGGCAUAGCCAUCGGCAGAAACGAGGCCACAAACUUACUUAAAAGAAAAGGUGGUUGGCCAAAAUUCUGGUGGAUGGACCAGGAUGGCAGCUUGAACAUCAGCUAUGACGAAUGGAGGGACUAUCUCCUUUUGGCGCCAGGAAGCGACAUCCACGCCCUCAUACACUUUUGGCGGCAUUCCACCUAUCUGGACAUCGGGGAGGACAUGAACGUCCCCGAUGACUUCACCCAGAGUGAACUCCAGACCGGCAAGUGGUGGCGCCACCUGCUGGCCGGCGGCAUUGCGGGCGCGGUCAGUCGGACUUGCACUGCCCCGCUUGAUAGACUGAAGGUGUUUUUACAGGUUAAUCCAACCAGAGAGAAUAUGUCAAAAUGUCUUAUGAGAAUGAUAAACGAGGGCGGCUUCACAGGUCUGUGGCGAGGGAACGGCAUCAACGUUAUAAAGAUUGCCCCCGAAUCCGCGAUAAAGUUCGCCGCGUACGAACAAGUCAAAAGGUUGAUCAAAGGCGAGAAGAGAAACCAGCCGUUAGCAAUACACGAACGAUUCGUGGCGGGCGCCACCGCCGGAGCCGUCAGCCAAACUGUGAUCUACCCACUAGAGGUGCUAAAGACAAGAUUAGCUUUAAGAAAAACAGGCCAAUACUCUGGUAUUGUCGACGCGGCGAAGAAGAUUUACGCAAGAGAGGGGUUGAAGUGUUUCUAUAAGGGUUACAUUCCAAAUAUUUUGGGGAUCGUGCCGUACGCGGGCAUCGACUUGGCGGUGUACGAGACGUUGAAGAAGAAGUACAUAAGCAAGUAUCAGUCGAACAAUGAGCAGCCGGGGAUGCUGCUGUUGUUGGCGUGCGGGAGCGCCUCGUGCACGCUGGGGCAGGUGUGCUCGUACCCGCUGGCGCUCGUGCGGACAAGGUUGCAAGCGCAAGAAAAAGCAGCGAAAGGUAUCGAGGGUACGAUGCGUGGUGUUUUCCGCGAGAUCGUCCAAAGGGAAGGUAUCACGGGGCUGUACCGCGGCAUCACGCCCAACUUCAUCAAGGUGAUCCCCGCCGUCUCCAUCUCCUACGUGGUGUACGAAUACGCCAGCCGCUCCCUCGGCGUCAACAUGACGUGAUCGCCUCCACACCGCGCGGCAACGAGCUCAAAUCCUUAAUUCUCUAAGCAUAGCAUUGCAUUUCGUUGUAAAUACCUCUCGUGUAAGUCUUAUUUAUUCGUGAAAUAAUUCUAAUUAUGUAAUUAAUAGGUCUAUCUCGGUAUUUAUUGUUGUGCAGUUCGCUUGAAUCGAAAUGAAUAUGUGGAAUGUGACAAGCUUUCAGUGACACUGGAAGGGCAUCUGUGAUUAUAAUAAAUUAUGUAAUAUUUUUA